CAAUGAACUCCCUCAAGAACGCAGGAAACUACCUCUCCUCCAAGGUCCAGGCCGGCGGCCGCGCAACGUCCAAGGAGGCCAACAAGCAGGUCGCCAAGGAUCCCAACGCGCCCAUCACCACACGAAUCUCGGCGGCCAAGGAUGCUGUUGGUGAUAAGCUGCACGAGUCCAAGCACAAGGGGAACGCGAGUGCGUAUAAGCAGGGGAUUUGAGUGGGGAUGUAGGUAGUAAGGUGCGGUAGAUGAGAGAAGCUGGUGGUGGGAUGUAUUAUGGUGUAUUGCUUAAUGGGAUUCUGGGGGGGUUGUAGAGGUUGUGCAGCGGGUUUUCGAGGAUGGUGAAUGGGUUUCUUGUGUGUAUUAAUGACUGUGUCUUUUUAUACCCUGAUUCGUCUUUUAUGAAUAAAUCUAUAUCCCCCAGUGACACGAGGUUUUCAAUAGAAUGACAGCUUCGUUACAUGUUGUUCGUAUGAUCAGGAAGUAUAUUCGCAG